AUGACGGUUGAAUCUGGUUGACAAUUUCAUUAUUUUAGGUUGAAAUUUUCAGAUCUAUACAAGAAUCAUAUAAUAGAUUAGAGGUUUCGAGUCUUCGCAUUAUAGGAUAUAAAUAACAAUAUUGUAAUACAUGCUAUUUUUCAACUCUAUUAGUCAGUAACCACGUCAGUCGGCCACCGGCCAGCAGUCAGUAGAUUGAAUCUGUUCAGAGAUGAUACAAGUUUUCUCUAAUUAUUUUAAUUUAAAAAAUGGAGAUCCCAUAUAAGAAAAUAUUUAUUUAUGUUUUGACCUUUGCGGCUUAUGCUUACACUGGUAUUGGUUCGAGUAUGUUACGAAACUUAAAGGACGCAGUUUUAUCAGCUGAGUCUGUAUUUGGGGACGUAUUUAAGAACGUUAUAACUGUUGCUGAAAAGUUUAAGUCUUUACAUGAAGUCUUCGACGCUGCCGUUGAAGAGGACUGUAUUUUUUCUUGCCCCGAAGGACAAAAACCUGUUCGAAAUAAAAACCAUAUUCCGAAGUCUGAUGGCUGUGGUUCACUUGGGUUCGAGAUAUCAUCGGAUUAUUUACCAUUGGAACAGAUGACGAAAUGUUGUGAUGCACAUGAUAUAUGUUAUGACACUUGUAAUAGUGGAAAAGAAGUUUGUGACUUAGAGUUUAAGAAGUGCCUGUAUAAUUACUGUGAUACAUAUAAAAAUGUUAAUGUUGCGGGGAAUGCGAUUACAAAAGGUUGUAAAGGUGCAGCCAAACUUUUGUUUACGGGAACCUUAACACUUGGCUGCAAGUCAUAUUUAGAUGCCCAAGCAAAUGCAUGUUACUGUCCAUCUGUAAAAAAUAAAUAUAAAAAAUAUGCCACUGGUAAAGAUGAAUUUUAACUACAAGAGCAUCAGUACAUCAGUACCUUCUCAUCAUCCUAUUAUUUUAUUUAACUUUAAAAGAAGCUGAUUCUUGUUUUGUAGUUUGCUUUAUUUAAAAUAUUUAUUAUGAAUAAGAUAAAAAGGAUAUUUUGUGUAAUUGUUUUACUAAGAAUGUCUAAAAGAAUGUCAAAAAUAAAAAUAAAGUAAUAUAUA